CACGUAUACUAUAUUAUGUCCUCAUUAGCAUGCCAGAAGGGCAAUCCUCAACUUCAACGCAAGGUCCAUGCAUUUCUCAGAUGCGAUAAAGGAGUUAAAGUAUCUAUUGCUGAGGAAUUGGGCAGAGAAAAUUCAGGUAGCGAAAAUGCUACUGAGUUGAGUGCUGGAGUUAAAAUAGCUCAGGAAUCUCUUAAAUCAAGUUUUUCGGAGCUACAGCCAUGUGUCAAGGAUCCUCUUCCUGAGGCAUUGAAUAUAUUUGAUAUUGGAUCUAAACUUGCACUGAAAAGUACCAAUCAAGAACAACCUAUUCAAAACAAGGGUGGGGAUGUUGAUGUAUCCAACUCAAAUACAUGCAGGGAUAUUGUUCUUUUUCAAACUAAAGAUGUUGAUCACAAGAAGUCUUCUAUUCAACGUCCCAAUUUAAUAGUUAUGAGGGGAAAGAUAAUUAACAUGGAGAACCAAAUAACUAAUGUGAAUGAGUAUGAGGCAAUUGCAAAGCAAAAAUUGCCAAAGAUGGUUUAUGACUUCUAUGCUUCUGGUGCAGAGGACCAGUGGACUCUGAAGGAGAACAGAGACGCAUUCUCAAGGAUUCUGUUCCGACCGCGCAUUCUUAUAGAUGUAAGCAAGGUAGAUAUGACAACAAGAAUUUUAGGCUUCAACAUUUCAAUGCCAAUCAUGAUUGCUCCCACAGGCAUGCAAAAGUUGGCACAUCCUCAGGGAGAAUGUGCAAUAGCUAGAGCAGCAUCAGCUGCUAACACUAUUAUGACACUAUCAACAAUGUCUAAUUAUAGUUUUGAGGAGGUUGCUUCAACAGGACCCGGCAUUCGUUUCUUCCAACUCUAUAUGUUUAAGGACAGGAAUUUGGUUACACAACUUGUGAGAAGAGCUGAAAGGGCAGGUUUCAAGGCAGUUGUGCUCACUGCGGAUCGUCCGUUUAUUGGUCGUAGGGAGGAUGACAUCAAAAACGGAUUCAGAUUGCCACCAAACGUGACACUAAAGAAUUUUGAGGGAUUGGAUUUUGGGGAGAAAAAUAAGGCUGGUAGCUCAGUUUCUCAAACUCGUCGCCAUAUUGAUCCAUCUCUUAAUUGGAAGGUGAUUCUUUUUACCUACAAACUUGAGUUCUACAAUAACAAUCAAGCUUAUGUAAGCUCAGCUCCACUUAGUUACAUCCAGGAUGUGAAGUGGCUUCAAACGAUUACUUCAUUGCCAAUUGUAGUGAAGGGUGUACUAACUGCUGAAGAUGCAAGGAUAGCCGUACAAGCUGGAGUUGCUGGAAUCAUUGUUUCUAAUCAUGGUGCUCGCCAACUUGACUAUGUCCCUGCACCAAUCAUGGUUUUGGAAGAGUGUCAUGUUGUUCUCAGUGUCCUAUCAUAUUCUCAGAAACAAACGCAGCCUUAAUGAUUAUGUAAGCAUUGCAUCAUCUUGGUUUGCUUGAGUAGAUAGUGAAAGCUGUAGAAGGAAGAAUUGGUGUAUUUGUGGAUGGUGGAAUCCGCAGAGGGACAGAUGUUUACAAAGCAUUGGCUCUUGGAGCAUCUUCUGUAUUUGUAAGUAUUAUGUAUGAAUUGAAUCCAUGAAGUGAUCUUGUGAUAUUGAAAUUGAAAGUAAUGAAAUCAGAUAGGAAGAGCAGUGGUGUUCUCAUUAGCUGCAGAGGGUGAAGGUGGUGUGAGGAAAGUACUGAAGAUGCUUAGAGAUGAGCUUCAACUAACAAUGGCACUAUGUGGCUCUCCUUCACUCAAACAUAUAAGUCGUCACCACAUUUUCACUCGCACAACAUUUCCUUCCAACUUAUAAAUUUCAUUUUUGUAUAUCUUAAGCUACCAACUUCAAAUCUUGAACUUGUAAUGGACGAGAGUGCGCACAUGUUGCUGUUAUUUCUCAUUCUUUUUAAGAUGUGUAGUGAGUGAAAUGAGACACAUGUCUCCUUAAUGCAAAAUUUUGUACAUCAAGUGAAUGAGGAGAAUGUGGUAUAUCAUCAAAUAAUCAGUAACAAACAGCUAGAGCUGCUACAAUUAUGGUUUCUUCUGUCAGCAGAGUAAUUUUGAUAACUGCCAUGGCAAUAAUGAUGCUUCCUUCUUC